GCUUUGUUUACAUUUUUUCUGCUUCUCUGAAAACUGCCGUGAAAGCGAUUCUUUUCCGUUCAUUAAGGAGCAUUUAAAUGAUUUUUUUUGUAAUUUAAGUAUGAUGGUCAACGUGGUGAUAACAAUAUAUUCUGGCAUAACUUAGUACUAAAAUAGUGUAUAUUUUUAGUUUUGAAUGCCCUGUUGACCUUGAGAUUUUAGGGUCGUAUAUACGAAGUGUACAUACUGUUUGUUUAGAAAUUACAUUUUCUUACCGAUAAAAUGCCUAAAAUAGAAUACAGUCGGCUUCAAGAUUCUGAUGUUGAUCUGUCGUCCAAGUAUCAGAGAACAUUCAUAGCGCGAUAUUACGGUCGAGCUCUUGUGGAACGAUGGCAUACGCAACCAAUGCUUCCAUGGAUCAUUGCAGAAAUUCAAAGGCUUGGUUCCCCAAAAUCUGAGACCGUAUUCCUCUCCGUGACAGAAUGUUCUAUAAAAGCUGUGAAUGUUAAAUUUGGCCGGUUAGUUUUUGAGCAUAAACUUGGUUCUGUGACCAAGUUUAAUCAGUUAGCUGAUUCACCCAGAUGUUUUGCUUACCUAACAAGAGAAGGUUCAGACGUUUCACUUUGUCAUGCAUUUCAAGCAAGCGAUGAGCUAGCCGUUUUCCAGUUUUUUACUGUUCUUAAGGAGGCUAUUCAAGAGUCAUCUUUAGGGUUAAAGCUGAAAGAAGAUUCUCCUUUUGAUGCUAUCCAGAGUAAACAGUGUCAACAGUAUGAAGUUCUCUAUGUUGGUAAAAUUAAGGUAUCCCAAAAGCGAGGGCCACAAAGAUUUGUAGAUGAUGCAGUUCAAAAGUUAUCUUCUGAUAAAGAUAGCACAGAGUCAGAAAUUAGUGCAAUUACAAAAGAUUUAGAUAAGAAAUUUUCUAAAGAAAACAUAGCAAAAGAAGACCCUCCUUUGUUAUCAUUUGAUAUAAAAUGUAAUGAUAUACCUCAUCCACUUGCAAGCCAGGUUUCUGAGUCAGAUGUUUCCACAAAGUCCAGCAUUCGUCAGAGACUUUGCAGUGAAGGUUCUGCUGCACGUGAUAACCACAACACACAUCAUUCUCUUGCACCUCCAGCUUCGGCUUCCUUAAUAACUCAUUCACAAAGUUUGGACACUUCGAGUCGAGAUGCUUUAGUUCAAGAUAUUCAGACCCUUGCUUUUAAUGCAGAACAGUUUUCUUCCAUAAUUGAAGAUGGCAGUCUUCACCGCCAGACAUCUCUACCUCCAAUGAAUGCAAAAACGUUCUUGGAAUGUUCCCUUGGUUUUCCUUUCAUCCAAGAAGAUUCUUCGCAUUCUUUGACAGGGGACCAAAACCAUGAUAACAACAGAACUAUGUUGUUUCUCAUCAGUCCUACUGAUAUAAGACUAAUAAGUACAGAUAAGAAAGAGCUGUUAUUUCUAAAGGAUUUUCCGAAUAUUUCUCAUUGCUCUCAGGGUGAGGAAUAUCCAGAUCAUUUUGGAAUGAUAUGUAGAGAAACCACCAUGAGCGGCAUGGAUACAUACAUUGGAUAUAUUUUCCAAUGUCAGUCUGCUAAAAUUGUUAAUGAGAUUAUGAAAACUCUAAAACAGUCCUUUCAUUGUGCCCUAAAGACUUCACAGGAAAAAAGAGCUUCAUCGAAAACAUUUAACUUUUGUGAAACUUGUCCAAUGUAUUGGUUUCAUCGACUAUGUUCUGACACAGAAGGUGAAAGUGCUGAACAAGUGCAAUCCGUAAUUAUGAUGCACAUAGCAGCAUUAGCUGAAAAGGAACAGAAAGAACUUAUGUCUAAAUAUCAAGACAUAAUUGUUCGUAGUUUAGCAGAGCAAAACAUUGUAUUUAUGACUUUAUUGAGAGCAUUGUGUGAACAAAAACAGAUGAAACAUACACAUACUGUUUCAAAAGAUCGUAAAGAGAAAAGAGCUUUGUCUCCAUUAAGCAGUCUUACAUCUAUUGCAAAGAAGACCUUCCCAAACACAUUUGACUCAACUUUUAAAGAUCAACCUCUUACCAAAGCUUAUUCUUUACCUGUUGGUGCACGCACUGACUAUAAAUUCAUUGAAAUCGUCAGUAAUAUACCAGAUAUCCAAGCAGAAGAUGAAAAAUCAACCACUAAACCAGAAACUGUACCCGAGAGUAUGGCUCCUUUAAUAGAAAUCCCCAAAACUAACACACUACCUGCAGAGAGGAAACGCAAAGAAUCUGCAUCUCUUAGAUCUGGUACCGAGCGCUCUUUGAGUGAUACUGCUGCAGUGAUAUGGGAUUUGCAUCAAGGGCAACAUCAAAAAUCCCAGAGUAAAGAGAAUAUUAUGACUACAUCUGAAGUAAAAAUUAAUGAACUCCCAAGAAUGCCAUUAAAAGCAUCACCCUUGAGAAACAUUUUCUUAAAAGUUGGCUCCAAAAAAGGAAGCUUCCCCUUGAAGGAAAUCAAAGAACAACAUAGUGGGAAUCAUAAAGGAUCAUGGAGGAAGAUGCUUUUCAAUAGAGUCCAAAGUCCUUUCGCUAAAGAUACAAUAUUUGGAGAAGUUGUAGAAGAGAAAAAAAUGGAACCUCCAAAACAUUCAUCUUCUCAUUUAAAAGCGUUAUGGAAAAAAGCAAUUAUGGAGCAGAUUAUUUUGAUUCGCUUGGAAAGAGAACAGAAGAAACUAAAAAUGAAACAAGACAAAAUUUUAGAGAAACAUCUUAAACUGGAUUAUGAAGUGAUUUGCCCUUGUCCUAAUGAUGCUGUGCUAAAGUGGGAAGCAGUUUUUAAUUCUUCUGAUGUGGAGUAUGAUACCCUUGAGGCAACUGUCCGAUAUGGUGUUCCACGUAAAAAAAGAGGCGAAGUGUGGCUUUUCUUAAUGGAGAAAUAUUGCAGCUACCGGAAAUGUGAAGCGGUUGAUAACAUCCCAUAUAUGGAACUUCUGCGAAAACUUACACCUUACCAGCAUGCCAUUUUAAUUGAUAUAGGUCGCACCUAUCCUGGCCAUCCAUACUUCAAACAAGUACUUGGUUCAGGUCAAUUGGCAUUGUUCAGUCUUCUUAAAGCGUAUUCUGUUGUUGAUGAAGAAGUUGGGUAUUGUCAAGGACUUAGCUUCUUGGGUGGUAUUCUGUUACUUCAUAUGGAUGAAGAAAAUGCCUUUCAAGCAAUGAAGCAUAUUAUGUUUACGCUAGGUCUUCGAAAUCAAUAUAAAGCAGAUAUGGGUGCACUGCAGGUUCAAAUGUAUCAGUUGGCCAGAUUGAUACAAAAUAUUGUUCCAGAUAUUCAUGAACUAUUUGAUAAAUUAGAUGUAUCUCCAAUGUUGUAUGCUGCACCUUGGUUUCUUACAAUAUUUGCUUCACAUUUUCCAAUAGGUUUUGUGGCUCGUUUAUUAGACAUGAUGUUUCUGCAAGGCCUGUCUGUGCUAUUUAAGGUGUCUGCUCUGUUAUUAAAGACUCAUCAGGCACAGAUACUGAAGUGUAAUUCCUUUGAAUCUGUUGUAUCUUUCUUGAAGACAACCUUGCCAUCUAGCGGGCAUAUUGGAAUGGAAAAGGUUUUAGAUCAGGUUCUAGCACUCGAUGUUGAAAAGCUAUUGCAAACAUAUCAAAUAGAGUAUAUGGUUCUAAAAGAGGAAAUGACAGAACAUAAUAAUGAGUCUGAACCAACAGCCUCCCUUCGAAAUCAGUUCGAGAAUGAGAAUAAAGAACUGCAGAAACAAAAUAUGGAACUUUCUGAGCAGUUACAGGUUGCACUGAAUACAGUCAGCAAGCUAGAAGCAUCUGUAACAUCGUACCAAAGCACCAUACGCAAACUGGAGUCGCAUGUUUCUACACUGCAAGACGAAAGAGAUGCCUUGCAUCACAGUGUUAAUAUAUUGAGAAAACGCUUAGAGGCUCUAGAAACAACUGCAACUAGUCCUCCGAAAGAAGUCGAGUUAAUCUCUUUUUCUCAGCCAGAUACAACAAGUAUUAAAAAAUAAGUCUUACUGAUCUUUGAUUGUUGAUGUAUCAAGAACAAGUAUAGAUUUUACACUCUGUUGAAUUAAUAUGAAUAGAAAUCAUGCUUUAUAAAAUAAAAUUCAAAAUUCUCUGGUAUUCAGACUACGUAUAUUUUUUUAAAGCGUUUAAAAAAAUUUUUUAGUUCAUAAUUUUUCAUAGCUAAGUUAUAUGUAGGUACCAAUUACUUGAUAAGUAACUAUUUCUAUGAAUGUUAGAGAUUUUUCUAAUUAUGAAUUUUUGAACUGUUAGAUGUUUAAUCUGUAAACAUUUUCGUGCAUAAUACCAACUUCGAAGUAGAAAAGCAGGAGGUUUUACAUGUCUUGAGACACUAGCUUCUGAAGGACUUGAAACGUACAAAUUUGAUUUAAAAUUAAAUGCACAGUUCAAUUUAUUAAAUUAGUUUUAAUAUAAUUUUAAUGGAAAGCAUGUGAAAUUAAAAUUUAUAGUACUGAAUAUAAGUCACUACAAUAAAUUUAAGCUGUGAUUUGGGGCUAAUUUUAAAGUGAAGAAGAUUCUGUAAAUUUUUUACUAAAACAAACCCAAGUAGGAAAGAAAAAAUUUUGUUUAUUAAAAUCUUUUUAAACAUGGAUAAAAUUAAUGUAUUUUUAUAAUAGAAAAAUUAAAAACAAAUAUUUAGCAAUUAAGCAUUCGUUAAGGCUUCAUAAAAUGCUGUACAAAUCUCUGCAUUAUAUCAGAGUAAGUCAGUAAAGUAAAUUAAUCAGAAAAAUUUCUCUGAAAAUCGCUUUAAAAAAUGGAAUUUGCUUAGUUUUAAGUUUCAUUAAGAGAGAACAACCCUGUUUGCCUCAAUUUUUUUCCAGGAAUAAUUGCCAAACAUUUUUUUAAAAAAUUUCCUUUUCCUCUGACUUUUAGUUAUUAACAUUUUAUUUUGAUUGACACUUAAUAGACAUGUCCUGAAUUCAGACAAAUUAAAAACUAGGAGAUCUAGAGGUUUAACUGGAAGUCACUGCUUUUCUUCUUAGUCCAAAGGGGCUUUGUCCCUGAAGGACUAUUGUUUUCGUUUUGCGAUUUUGCUUCAAUUCACUACAAACGGCGAAUCACUUUUCCAACUGUUGCCACAAAAUAUUAUCGCCCUGUGUUUUAUUUAAAGAAAUUAAAUAGUGAAAAAUCUGCAUAAAUGUAUGUAUAUUUCUCGCAUUGUGUGUUAAAAGAAUGGUUCGUAGAGCCAUCGAAUUUUGAAUAACGUAAUCCAAAUUAUAAUCUGAUAUGGGAAAACUAAUGUUGGGAUGACUUAUCUUUGUCUUACAAAUUUAAUGUUAAUUAAUAUAGGUAAAUGUUUCAGUAUUUUUCACAAGGAGGAAAAUUACAAUUCCAACUUGACGGCUGUGUCCGAUAAGAAUCUGGCAUAAUCUCAGUAACAGGAAGCUUGUGUAUCAUAUUUCAUACUCAAAAGUUGCAAGUGUCUGUUAUAAAACUAAUCUGGCAUAAUAAUAAGAAUCUGGCAUAAUCUCAGUAACAGGAAGCUUGUGUAUCAUAUUUCAUACUCAAAAGUUGCAAGUGUCUGUUAUAAAACUAAUCUUUUUACAUUAUCAGAAACCCUCAAUGAGUAAGCUGAUUAUGUGUUUAUCAGAAAAUUUUAGAAAUUUGCAAUUUGUAAUGGAUUUAAAAUUCAAAUGUAGUUUUAUAGCUCAGAUUUUAUACAAAGUGAGCAUAUUUGGUAAGAAAUGGAUAAAGUGCAUAGAAUGUGAAUACUUGAGCACUGAAAUUCACAGUGAAAUGGAAUCUUUUAUCUGGUUUAAAGAAUAUUGAUGUGUGCUGUAAAAUAAAUUAUACUUUGUAGAGUGGGAGAUAAUGCAGUUGUUUUAUGAACUAACAGCAUUGAAUCUACGCUGCAAGUUACUCUUUCUCUUUGCUUACUACUUGCUUCUUUUUUAUUUUUAGAUUGCUUUACACAAUUUAAUUUUUUAUUCAUUUUUCUUUAAAAUUAGGUAGUAUGAAAUGUGGCUGAAUGCCAGAGAAUAUUUUCUGUCAUUCUGUGCUUUGCUAAAAAAUAUCUUUUAUAUAAUUAUUAAUUUAAUAUUUAAAUAUUAUGUAAAAUCCUAUGUUUUAUAGAACAAAGUAUAAUAAUAUAUGUAACAACAUUAAAGUUGUAAUGUGAUGUACAAAACCUGUGAAUAUUAAGUGUUAUCCAUAAUUAAAUAAAAAAAUGAAAAAAAAAAUGUAAACAAUGAGUAUGCUGAAAUAAAUAUAUUUAUAUAUAAUUUUUGAUGGAAAAAUGUAUGCGAAUGUGUAUAUAUUUCUGUAGGUCUUUUGUUCUUGUUUCAAGCAUUUUUUUUUUUAGAAUGGAAAAUGUAUUUACACUUAUAUUCUGAUAUUUGGAAUUAUAUUUUUAACAUUGAGGAGAUUCAACAUUAUUUUUAAUGCUAAAAUAAAUGUUGCUUAUGUGUACUAAAUAUAUAUUAUGGUUCACUAAUGAAAUUCAUAAAGUGCUUAUGAGUUUUAAGAAUGUUAAGUGCAAUUCUGAUAGUUUUUUUACUUAGUGUAUUUUUUUAUUUGCUUUUAGCGGGCAGCUUGUAUAUUCAUUUUUAGAAGUUAAUUAAAUAGCAAACCUGGAAGUAUAAUAUUAUUGUUUUUUCCUUUUUUGAUUACAGGGUAUAAAAGAGGAUAUUUUAAGAUAAUUUCUAAAACAUCAUAUUCUAUUUAUGCUACAGCAUUUUAAUAUUUUCUCAUAAAUACUUUUGUAAUUCAGUUUUGUAUAUUUUUGUUCAUCAUUGCGGUUUUUACUAUUUAUGUUGUAUAUCUGUUGAAUAUCAAAGCAUUCAUUUUUUAAGAGAGUCUUUUUUGACUUCUAAAUAAUUUUUUAUCCCCAUGUAUACAGCUAAAAAAGUGAUUAAAUUUGUCAUGAAAUAAACAAAUAUAUGCCAGCCUCUGUGAGUUUUUCAUAAUUUUUGCAAAAACUAUUCACGUUUUAUGACUUAUGUGUAAAAUUAAUUUUUUACCGUUUUUUCAAUUCUUUUGUAAAAGUACUAAAAAUUUCACAAGUUUGGCAAUUAGUUGCGAAAAGUUCUAUGUUAAAUACAUGGUCUUGGCAGGUAUUCAUAUUACUGCUUUAAUUUGUCCUUUUUAUUUAUCUGUUUUAAAUGCCAUGAUAACAGCAAAUUCUUUUCUUUCUGAGAUAGAAAUUCAUUUUGUUGUGUGUCUUUAAAUUUAAUGACUUAUUAGAAUGGUGGCAGUUUUAAAACCAAUUUGUGUGUAAAAAUUCGGUUCAGUAAUUUAUGAAUUUCAUGAUAAUUUCAUAGCAAAUAUGGUACCAUUUCGUAUCAUUAAAGUAAUGAUUAAAAUUACUUAAAAAUAACAUUAAAAUUAAACAUUUUUAUUUCCUUCUGUUAUGUUUUAAACUGUCUUUACCCUUCAUUCUGGUAAUUUUUAAUGUAGAAAUGUUCUAAAACGCAAUUUCUAAAAAUUACUUUGUAACAAAAGCAGAAAAACUACUAUUUUUAAAUGCCUUACUCCCCCCACAUCCACACACACAUUUUUCUGUAGUGUUUUUUUCCUGUGUAAUUAUUUCAGAAUAUUCAGUUGUUUCUCUGCAAAAUUCACUUUACACUUUUUUCUGAAUUUUUUCUUCCAACCAUCUUUUAAUUUUUAUAUUUAUGAAGUGUGAAAGUAUGUCAGUAAAUAAAUGUAAGAUUUUUAAGUAAAUGCAAAUAAAAAGUUAAGUAAAAUCUGCUUUAGAUCUUUUUUAUUAAAGAAUGAAGAACUUUUUUAAUUUAUUAACGAAAUGCACAAAUUUACUAUUUAACACCCAACAUAAAUUGAAUUUUCUAUUAUAUUAAUUCAGUCUAGUGUACUUUUCUCUAUUCAUUAAAAUGGGAAGCAUUUUGUUUUUCAAGUAAUAUUUUCCCCCUCUAAAUGUGAUAUUUAAAUAAAAAUUAGCACAAUAUAUUAUUCUUGCUUCAUUUUAAAAUUGUGAUCAAAAACAAGCUCGCAUUAAUUCUACAGUGUUAUAUGUACUUCAUAAAAUAGCCAAAGUAAUUUUUUAAAUCAUGAUAUUACUUUUUAGGUCUUCCAAUAGAAUGUAAUUGCUGAAUGUGAUUAUCAUUUGUUUGAUUAAUUAUGAAUUAGAGUUUCAUAUCUUAUAAGAAAUAUUAUCUGUGAAUAAGCUCUCAAGUUUCACUUAUUUAUAAUUAAUUUAAUAUGUAUAUUUUUGCUUUAAAAUAAUUUAUGACCCCCAAAUGUUAAUCAUAAUUAGGGCUUAUGAUAUGAAAUACACUACAAGAAAAUGUUUGUUCAGGUUUUGUCUGUAAAUAUAUUAAUGACGCUCAUCUAGUUCUUUUCCCUUCAGGAUUAAAAUAAGGAAAUGAAAUAUGUUUAAAUUUGAUAUCUCAUAUAAUAUUUCAUUUAACGGAAUGAUUUUUCAAAUGUAUUUGAAAUUUAAAAGCAGUUAAUAAUAAAAAAUUAUAUAAUCCGAAAUAUCUCAUUUUUCUCAGUAUAAAUAAUGAAAAUUUGCAAAAAAAAUAUGGAAAAUUUUAUGGUUACUUUAAUACAUAAAGGCCAUAGCACUGUUUAUUUUUUUAAACAAAAUACAAGCGUAGUACAUUUUAUUUUUAAAAACAAAUGAAUUCCGAUUAAAGCUAGUGUAUAAUGUAAUCAAUUAUUUACAAGAGUUUUAUAAUAUUUAAGAAUAUUUUUUAUAGUAUUUAUAUUUAUACUUUAUUUUUUUAAGCUGUUUCUCUGUUUUGUACAUUUAAAUUGGUCAUAAAAAUAAUAUAAGUUAAUAAAAGAGAGAGGAUAAACAUAUGAUAUGCUUAGUGUACUAACAUCUAGUUUGUAUUAAAUGCAAAAAUGUAUUUUUGGGGGAUGUUUUCUUUCUCAAAAAAAGCCUAACCAUAUGAGAAAAAAAAAUUUCUAAUUAUGUUAAUUUUGUUUACAUUGUAUGUUGCUUGUUGUAUUUGUUUUAAUUUAUUUAUUUACUAUAUGUGUAUAUGUAUUACUUUCUACUUAUAGGUCAAUGUUGUCUUUUUAAUUUGUAAUUAUAGAAAGUAUAUUUGCUUCAUUCUUUGUUUAAAUAUUCUGAGGUGUUUUUUAUUUACCCUUACCAACCGAAAUUAAUGUAUACAACUUAAUUUUCAUCAAAUUUUUAAUUGCUAUAUUUCUAAUGCAAAUAUCAGUCAGUAUUAACGAAGUAUACAGAUGCUAUAGAUAUACUUCAAAUGUUCCGAGUAUUGCAAAAAAACAAUCUGAAAAGUAUCAAUCAAAAACUAAAUAUCUGAUUCAUAAAUUUUCAGUCAGUUAUAAAAUUUGUGUUAAAUAUUAUAUAUUGAAGAAUAUUAUCCAACUGAAGCUUUCUAUGACUGAAAAUAAGUUUAAAAAGGUGUAUUUUAAAUUUUCAUUUAAUUUUUUUUUUAAUCAGCUCUACAAACUAGUAUAACUUGGAUGUUAUGAGACUGAGGGUAUAUACCUUAGAAAAUUUGUCGAUAUUGUAUUAUAGAUUGCAACAUUAAAAUUUUUAGAAUUAAUGUGAAAACCAGUGCUUCAGAAGAGCUAGUUGAUUUAAAGCAGCACUACUGCAAUACUGUAAGAAACUUUGAGGCAGGAAUAAGUUUUAUUUCUUUGUAUUUCAGGAUAUAUAUUUUUGAUGUACAAUCUUUGAAAAGACAUUUAAAAAUAGCAUAUAAGUGUUUUAGUUAUCAUUUGAUUUAGCAUUCUUUAGAUGAAUAUCACGCUUGCCUGAUGCAAAAAUUCCUGAAAUUUGUAAAUUAACUUUCUUUAGUGAUUUAUAUAUAUCCUAAAGCAUCCUGAAAAUAUUAGGUACAUUUUAAUAUGUUACACAUGCACUAAAAAAAAAGUACUGAUAUUUGCAUUUAAAUAUAGGUGGCAUAUUUGUGGUUAUUGUUCUUAACAUUGUAUUGUUUUGAAGAAGUGAAAAUUUUAAAUUCCAAAUAAAUUUUCUUUAAAUUUGCCCUUAUGUAAUCUGAAUAGUGAUUAAAUAAUUUCAUGUAUCUGAAGAAUGAUAGUUUUUAAAAAUGACAAAAGUAUCUAAUUUUAUUCAAAAAAAUAAUUCAGUACUAAUCAAUUACUUGUUAGUAUUAUUUGCUGUUUAACACAUUGACGCCAGCCUGAUUCACCUUGUCUGUUCCGUGGGGCGGCAUGAUCCACCGGUGGGUCAUAAUAUAAUAAUUUCAUUUUAUAAUUGUAAUUUUAAUUUUAAGAUUUUAAUUUUCUAAUUUAGUGCUGUGCUGCCCCAUGAAACAGGCCACCAAUUCAAGUGUCGCCGUCAACGUGUUAAAAUACAGGUUUCUUGUGCUUUACGAAAGCAGAAUAUUCCUUAGAAACUUUCUGUAAACUGAAAUAAUGUAAAACAAAGAAUCAUCAUUAAUUAAUGAGGGAAAUUUUUUUUUAUCGUUUUGGUUAUGAGGUCAUUAUUAAAGGCUAAAAUAUCAUGCCUAAAAUGUGCAAAAAGAAAAAAUUAUUUGAUAUAAAAGUACUAUAAAACCGCAGUUUCAUUUUCCAGAGUGAGGAAAACAAUGAGCACAUUGGACGAUUAGAGACAAUGGCUUUGCAAUUUGCCUUAAAUUUUGCAAAUAAGAAAAAAGUUCUACUUAAUGUAACUGUACAGUUUUCCGCAUAUCCACAACUGAUUAAUGAAUUUUCAGUGGAUACAAGGACUAUGAUUCAGGAGAGAGAUCAUCGGAGAUACAUAGGGCUUAAAUUCAGCUUCACUCUUUCAGAAACCAGCUUCAUUACUUUUUGGUGUUUGCAUGAAUUUCAUACUUAGAGCCCUGAAUAAAAUAAGCUGUGUUAUUUAAUCUUUCUUGAUGAUCUUCCUUAGGGCUUAGAUACUUAUAAUUUCAGAAACUGAAUUCUGAAGAUACCUAUAACUGAGUAAUUUUAGCAUCUUUUGUAAAAGUGAGUCACUACAUCUGUGGUUCCUAUGCCUGCCAUACAACAUAAGAUUUAACUUAUGCUGUGGCUGAUGGGAAAUAUUUGAAGUGUUACAGUUUGCUUCUUUAUUUGUUAAUUUGUUGUUGUUGUUGUUGUAUAGUUUUCUUAAGCAGUUAAAACAUUAAAAAAAAUUUCCUUAACUAACGUGUUUUCACAAUUAGAAACAUACUUUUCUGCAAUUAUUUUAUAAAACAAAUACAUUUUAAUUUCUUUUAACUCAAUCGUUGGGUAACAUAACUAGAUUUCCUGGAGAAUUUUUGUUCCAUCUUUUACCUAGAAUCCAAAGAAUUUAUAAUGUUUAAAAAAAAAAAUCAUGUAAAAGCUAUUAAAAUACUUAUUGAUAAUGCAGCUUGAAAGCUUGAAGUUACACAGUUGAGAUUAAUAAAACUUCUGUUGCUUACUGUCUGAGAAUAUAGUUAAGUACAAAAGUAAUACAGUUAUUUACAAAUCAAUUAUUAAACACUAAGAACAUGACUACUAUGUUAAUGCACCUUCUCACAAAUGAAAGAUAAUUUAGUGCUCAAGCUUAGUGCUCCUGAAGGUUGGAUCAAGAUUUCAGCACUCCAGGCGUAAGUUGCCAAAGCUCUAUCCGUAAACUUAAGUUUCUCACUCAUUAUUUAAAUUCACUGAAUUUAAAAUUUUUGGUGAAACAGAUAGAAAAGUAGAAGUUCAGGAAAGAUUCAGUAUUAGAAAUAGCAUAUUAAUAAAAAUAAACCUUAUGUAUUGAAGAAAUGAGUAAAUGUUCGUAAAAUGGGAGAUACCUGUAAUGGAAAAAUUUGAGAUGUAAAGAACUGUAUUUUGAAUAAUUGGGUAAUUUUAUUGUUAAGCAACUCUGUAUCUGUCACUACAUUAUUUUUCAAUGUAUUUGACCUAAAAUAAGUGCUUGAGUUUUUUAAUUUAUUUACUUUUGUUACUUUUUUGUUUUUGCAUGUACUUUUUUUAUUUGUUAGAUAUGCAAGACUGACCACGAGAAUUUAAUUCAUAUUUUGGUCGUAGAGUACUUAAUUAUUCAAUAAAAGUAUUUCAAAUGUU